UUUAAGCGUUUGAGGCCAAAAUCAGAGGCCAUCGAGAGGCACAUGUGUAAGGCUCCAUUAUUUUUGCUGCGUCUGUCCUGUAUGUAUGUAUAACUCAGCAUACUGUGAAUCGACAUAGACAUUCACUCAUUCUCACCAAUAUGAAUCAGCUCGGCGUUCAUGACCUCAUCCCACCCCUCGUGGACGACUUCGACGCUAAGCUGGGCCUGAGCAGCAGCAGCAACAGCCAACCCCUGGCUGUCUGUGAGCUGUCUGCGGCAGAGUUCAUGGAGAAAGAAAUGGUGGUGGAGGUGACCUCCAAAACCGCGGCGGCCGGGUGGCAUUGCUUUGGCAGCACGGUGAACCUCGGCAAAUCGCUUCGCCAGCAUGCCACCCUAGCGCAGCGGGUCGAGGAGGUCAGCACGCAGCUCACAGCGCUGAAGCACGAGACGAGCACGCAGCUCACAGCGCUGAAGCACGAGACGAGCACGAAGCUCAAAGCGCAAGAGGACAAGGCGAACGAGCGGUUCAGUGCGCUUGAGCUUGAGAGCAAGCUGUACCGCACGGUCGCUCUGCGGUAUGUCAUGAGCUGCACGCACAACAAGCUCGAGGACCGCUUCGGCGGCAAGCCGGUUGCGAUGGCGUGGUCCGACUACAUGAAGCAGCUGCGGCAGCAGCACCACGUCUACUUCGACCAGCACGGCCUGAACCAGGCGUGCCUUGACCUGCUGGAGAAGGUUUUCGGCACACCUUACCCCCGGGAAAACCCGGCCGCGCACCGGCCGCCGCAGGACGUUGUUGCGGAUGCCUUCACGCAGGCGGCCGUGGAGGAGCCAUUGUGGCACACCUUGUUUGCGUUCAUCGACAACCAGCAGGUACGGCAGGCGCAUAUGGAUGCGAAUUACAAUUGAAGGGACAGCCCUGGCGCAUAUGGAGGGAAGGAUCACAAUGAAAGGACGGAUGGGUGGCGUGGUGGUGAACCUGUGAUGACGGGGAAGAGGGUCGCAUGUCGGAUGCCAGCCAGCUGAGGGUAGUGUGGAUGCGGCGUGGUGCGGCAGCGUGGUGCGGCAGCAGGUGGGCAUGCUGGCGGGUAAGUGGCGACCAGGACUUGGCACCUGCCGCAAAAGGCCCUUGCUUGACAUCAACCUCCAUAGUGCUGUCCUGGCCGCUUGCUUGCAGGCCUAAACCAGACCUGUGACUUCGGGUGCCGUUUCGUGCAAGCCGGUACCAUAAUGCAUCAGCGACGUGAUUAUGUUGUGCGAGUUCGGGGUGGAUGUGCAUUAACCGUUGC